AACUCUACAGAAUUUAAUAGCAAAAACAAUCGCAGCCUGGGAAGGGCUCUGGAAUUCUUUGCAUCAGCUUAAGAAGAUUUAACAACUUUGAGUUCUGUCCAGAGGGUAAAGGGUUGACCACUCAGUGAAUCUCAUGUGACUGCAACUGUGGAAUCAGAUAAACUACAGGAGUUUAUACCUGCUGAGAAAUUGGCUCAAAGGUACAAGCUUCCAAAGAAUGAAGAUUUUGGUAAUGAUUGAUUUUGUCCUUGCAGCUAGCUUGAUGGAUGUCAUUGGCACCUCUGAUCUACAGAACUGUUUUCAAGAGCAAAUACGACUUCAGGGCCAGGUGAGGCUUCUGGAACAUCGUGUGAAACAGCAGCAGUUAAAAAUUAUACAGCUUUUAGAGAAGAAAGAGAUUCAGUACAGUGACAGAGGAGAUGAAAACAGUGUCAUUGACUUGGGAGGAAAAAGACAGUAUUCAGAUUGUGCAGAAAUCUACAAUGAUGGCCAUAAGCAAAGUGGGUUUUAUAAGAUGAAACCUGUCCAGAGUCCUACUGAAUUCCUUGCCUUCUGUGACAUGUCUGAAGGGGGUGGUUGGACUGUUUUUCAGAGACGUUCUGAUGGCAGCCAGAAUUUUGAUAGAGUCUGGACUGACUAUGAAGAAGGCUUUGGAAAUUUUGUUUUGACAAAUGGUGAAUAUUGGCUUGGAAAUAAAAAUCUUCAUUAUUUGACUAAUCAAGGGAACUAUACUUUAAGAAUUGAUCUAACUGAUUUUGAAGGAGAACGGCGUUUUGCACAAUAUGAAAGAUUCGGAGUUGCAGGUGAAGAGCAUUCUUACAAGAUGACUUGUGGCGAAUACUCUGGUACAGCUGGUGAUUCCCUUACUGGCGGAUUUCAUCCUGAAGUAAAAUGGUGGGCUGACCAUCGAGGAAUGAAAUUCAGUACUAGAGACAGGGAUAAUGACAACUAUGAAGGGAACUGUGCUGAAGAGGAAAAGGCUGGCUGGUGGUUUAACAGGUGUCACUCUGCCAACUUGAACGGUUUGUACUACAAAGGCCCCUAUACUGCGAAGACAGACAACGGGAUUGUUUGGUACACUUGGCAUGGGUGGUGGUAUUCUCUGAAAUCUGUUGUCAUGAAGGUCAGACCAGCAGACUUUCAACCUAAUAUUGUUUAAGUAUUUUAUUAAGACGAUUUAUCUAGUUAAUCUUUUAGCAAAUCAAUCCAAAUUAAAACAGAUGGGCAGAGUUUUCUUCUCAUCUAUGCAUAUAUAAAUGUGGAAUAAUUCCUCUGCAAGCAGUAGUUCUAUGACAUGUAAAUGAGAAGACAAGCUGGCCUAUGAAUCUGUAGAUACAAAUACUAGUGCUAAUAUGCACACAGGAUUUUUUUAAAAAGGCAGGUGUUCACCUAGGAAUAAGGACAUCUUCAUCAACGUGGAGAAUUUUUGGCUUCUCCAGUGACUGCAAAUCCUUUCACUUCUUAGAAAAACAGUAUUGUCACUGUGUUGCCUCAAAAAUGAAAAUUAAUUGGACAUAUUACAACCAAAAAAUAUUUAAAUACAAGCAUAAGGCUGGUUUAAUCAGUGGAUGGAACAUACUUUCUUUGGAAUGAUUCAAGGCUUUAGAAGUGAGUUGCCUGUAUAUUCCUCUGAUUUAUUUGUUGCAUGUGUUGUGUACACAGCAUAUAUAAAAAUUAUAAAGAAUGAGGCAGGGAACCGAAGGAAGAGAAGGGAUGAAGGCUAGAAUCAAUUGAAUCCAGCAUAGAGAAGUGGAUUGCUUGUUGUUGCUGAAGCAUUUCUAUGGCUGGUCACAUCAUUUCUAUCUAACAUCUUUACAUGGUCAGUAAUUAUGCCUUUCUUGUUGUUGUUAACCGUUUUGCCUUUCUUUUUUUGGUAACACCUGGACUUUAAUCUAUUGACAUUUGGAGUUUACCAAAAUGCUAAAUAACAAAAGCUGCAACUAAUGUCAAUGUGAGCUCUGCUUUGAACAUAGACUAUCAUAGUGCAUGUGUAGAGAGAAGCGUAUUUCAUGUGCAGCUAAAAUCUGGCAUUUUAGAGUUCUUAGUGCUUGACUCCAUAAAUCUUUACCUUCUUUAUGUAUCUGUUAGUCUCCACAACUCUCCAAAAUCGAAUGCCCUGUUCAGUCACUUCUAGGUGGUUCUGCUUCUAAGCCUAUCUUCUCUUUUUCCUAUGUCCUUGUCUUGGCUCCCUGGGCUUUCCCCUUUUUCAAGCUGCAGAUCCACAUUUUUCUUGUACAAGAAAGAUCAUAAGAGAGUCUCUAACCACCCCUAGCUUUCGUGCCUAGCACCACAAUAGACUUCAAUAAUAAGAAUCACUGAUUAGUGCUUGCUGCCAUGGAGAAGAUAGGAGCACUCUCUAGAAAGCUAUCUAAUGAAAUGGAAUCCAUUUCUGCUGAGCAGAUGCAAAUGAAGAUUUUAAAAAGCACAUGGAUCUGAGCCAAACUUGGGCACUUUUAUUUUCCACCUUUCCUAAAAUAAUAUUGCUUUUGUGGCUGGAUUGCCGGUCUCUCUUCCUCUGUCCAAAUACAGUUCUUGAAACUGGCAGCCAGUUUCAGUCAAGCUUAACAUAACUGAAACUAACUUUUGGCAAUCUAUCAGUCUAUUUAUAAAUACAUUGAUAUGAAUACAGGUCAGCUGCAUGAUAAUUCCCUGCACGGCCAUUUUCCCUUCCAUUUCCAUCCUCCAAACCCCAAAGUUUGGCAAGAAUCCUUGAAAGAAUUGCAUGGAAUAAGGGAGGGAGGAUGUGUAGAACAACUGAGAGAAAAAAGAGAGGUUCAUAUGAAACAAUCUCACUCAAUAAGAUAAAUCAGAUUACACCUAAACAACAAAAAAAAGGGAAUUAAGUAGAGAAAAAAUGGGAUUCAGACAGCUAAAAAGAAUGUUACCAUGUAAAAAUGGUGCUGAAAAAAACCUGCAGUAUAGAGUUUUUGAGGUCUCUGUUUUUUGUGGUAAUAGCAGGUAUUCUAGAUAAUCCAGUAUAGAGUUUUUGAGGUCUCUGUUUUUUGUGGUAAUAGCAGGUAUUCUAGAUAAUCCAGUCUUUUUCUUGAUGUAUCAGUAGAUACUCUGCUAGAGAUUUCUAGCCUUUAGCACAUCCCUGUACCUCUGCAUGAGAAGACCAGUCUACAACUGCUUAUUUGGAACCUUGUUUAAUCAGUUAAACCAAAUUAAAUUCUGUAUCUAACAGGAAAGCAUACCAGCCUAUGUGUGUGUAUGUAUAUAUGUAUAUACUUAUAUACAGAUAUAUAUAUUCAGCAUUCAACAUUAAAACAGAACUUCUGAUAUGUAUUUUUAUCCAAUUUUAUUACAGAAUUUAAAAUGGGUUCCUGUGUAAUUCUAUGAGCAGGUCUAUAGGUAUGGGUCAUUCAUAAUAUGGUGGAAGUUUUGGAGUAGUUUAAGAAGAUGUUUUAAGUACAGUAUUUCCCAUCAUGAUUUUCAAAUUCUUUUGCUACUCUAAGAGGAGAAGGAUUUAAUUCUUUGCAAAAACAUAGAUGAUAUUAUGUAGAAAUUGUAAAAACACCCUUAGUUUUUCACAGGAAAAUGGAAAGAUUAGCUCAUGUAUUUGGAGAGUAUCAAGACAGAUAACAGUCCACAUAAUGUAAGUAAAAGAUGUGGAGGAUUUAAAUACAGCAAAGCUGGACCUCUAGCACACAAAAAAGACUCUUAACAUGUACAGAUUGUGCUCAUGAAAUCUGCAGGGGUUUUUUUUUUUUGUUUGCUGCAGCAUAAAUCUAUCCUGUUUACUUGUGAGAACACUAAUGAAAUCUCUCAGCUGAGUUAGGGUGCUUUUGUCAUACUCUGAUGUAAAAUUUGACUCCCUUUCUCUAUUGGAAAUAAUAAAAUGAAGGAGGAUCAAAUCUUUCUUUGUACAUCUUACAAUGCAUUUGUAUGUUUAUUUGGACUGACUGCUCUUCAGAACAAGGACUUUGAUAUCCUAGCUGUCUGAAAAGCAUCUAGCAUACUGCUAGCAAUAUGCAAAUACAGUAUUUAA